AUGUCAACUUUUGAUGAGAAAAACGCUUUAAUCCGAAUGGCUUUCACCCAUUUGACUUGGGCCAUGGAUAAUAGCCAUCAAUCCGUCUACGACGAGCAAAAAGACCCGGGGUUGACAGACCUAGUUGAAAUUUACUCGAAUCUAUUGCCCCUGAUGCGCAAGCAGAUCGAUGCGCUACUAUCAACCUUCGAGACGAUUGAUUUCGAGAAUGGACCGGUGCCUGAACUCUCGCUGUUUCCAACGGUUGCAGCAUUGCAGCACACGAUUGAACGAACCAGUGUUGCUGUUUUCUCAAUCACUCUACGUCCCGACCAACCUGCCUUGACAGAGGACCGUGAUUGCAAGAUAUUCAAGCUAUUCAGAUGCAAGCGCUUGCUGAGCGACACGUACGACCUGCAAUGCUUGCUGCACUACUUCUUGGAACGUUGUCGUGAUUUGGUUCAAGGUACGGCACCCGACCAUCAACCGAUAGUUGAGGACACAGGCUCCGAAGAAAAAGAAGACUGGCAAUGCGCGGUGAAAAAAGAGAUGAAGUUCCAAGCAACUCGAUGCACGGUCCACAUCGACGGAAUGGUGAAGAGAUUCAAGCGAUCAGACCUUGGCCUCAUCCAAGAAAGCUGGGAAGAGACGAUCGACGACCUCAGCUUCACAAUCUCUGCCCUCCAAAACGGUUUCCCCGAGCGAGAACCGUACGUCCCGAGGGAUCCAGAUGUCACGGCAAUGAUGAGGACGGUCAUAGCACUAUACAAGGUCUUCCGAGUGUUCUACCGCAAACUGUCGAAUUACUCAACAAACAAGCUGCCAUUUGCCCUGAAAGAAGUUAGCAGCGAUGACAUGGAGCUAAUCAUCUACAAGACACGGCCUCCCCUCGAUUUCACCGAUGACUUUCUGGACCAAGCAACGGUGAUUUAUCAACAAAAUAGAAUUGAAGGAUCAGAAAUCAUGCUCUCUCGACAAAUCGUUAGGGCCAUUCGCCGAGAUUUUCAAGAGGGCUUGGACUGCUUGAAAUCAUAUCUUGUCACUCGUAAUCAACCCGCUCAUUCGGAGAGUCCCCCUCAGUUCGACUUCGACGCUUAUUUUCGCGAUGUGAUAGACCAGUUCCAUUCCACUCUCGAUAACUUCUUGAACAUUGUUGAUGGACCAAACCAAAUGAUUCUCGAGAAUUCAUCUUAUGGAUGGUAG